CCAAAAAAUGACGGAAAACGGGGAGUCGGAGGACGCGGGCAGUGUACGGAAGAUAAAGUCUCUCCCCGGCAUCGGACUUCCCGCCGGCACAGAUUACCCGAAUUUGGCAGAAAUUCCAGAAACACCAUGUAAAGAGGUUUUUUGGCGGAAAGAAGUCGCCGAUUGGUUCGAAAUUGCGAAUAAUGGCUAUAGUUUUCAUAGAAAUCGCGAUUUGAACGCGGUUUUCGCCAAAGAUUUGUCCGGUUACUGGUAUCGGCUGAAUAAUCAGACAAAGUGCUUCGAAUUCUUAUUUGAGGGAUUUAAAGACACUACUGAUUACACUCGUAUAUCCCUCCCACCACAGUCUCCAACAUUCGUCGGCUUCAAUACUUUACAGCAGGCGGUUUUUCCGAUGAAUUGUGACGGAAAACCGAUUCUUCCCAAAGAUGAUAAGGGAAAAACUAUUUUCCCAUUCUACGACGGUUAUCCAUUAUUUCCAGUUGACGAUUCAGGUGCAAUUUGUGUACCACUUGGAGACGACGAAAAACCCGUUUUUCCACGAAUUCCAGAAGAAUUUGGAGCUUAUGUGCCCCAUUUUCUCGAUUUUUUGAAAGAGCCGCGACGUGCAUCCCCCGACGUUUUUGAUGGUCGAGUUGUACUGCCGCUCAAUGAGCUCGGAGAGCCUAUAUAUCCACGUGAUGAGCUUGGAAAUGUACUUAUGCCUUUUAUUAUUUUGGAUGAUGGAACACGAAGACGAGCGGUUUUUUGUGCGGAAGAUGGUACCCCAAUUCUACCAUUUCACAAUGGAGAACACGCUCUUGAAGUUCACGAAGGAGAAGUAUUAUUUCAAUACGAAUAUCAACAAAAAAUGAUGCAUUUGGCCCAAUUUUCGGACAAAAAAACGGCCCAAAAGCCCCAGGAAUUGAUGGAUGAACAAUUUUAUCAGCAACAUUAUCAAUCUUAUCAACAAUCGACAAUUUCCACCGCAAAUUCUACAGAAAUUCCGUCGAAAAUCGGCCAAAAUUCUGCGAAAAACCCGGCAAAAUCGACGAAUUUACUGCUAAAACAGCUAACUUUUAUGAAAAAGAAGCAAGAAGCUCCGUCGCCGAGCUCAAGUCCACUUUCUGCAGCAAUUCCGGCUGAACGGCCUGCUAAACCGAAUAAGGAGAAGGAACGGGGCGAUCGGUUCUUGCCAGAGCCUUCAAGGCGUUUUAAUAGAUUUAAUCACCGUAAUCGAUCUCCUCCAUCACUUUCCUCUCGAACAUCACGUCAUCGGUCCCCGGAACGCCGGCGGGAUAGAUCACGAUCCAGAAGUCUGACAUAUUCACCAAUUGAUCGAAAAUCCCGAACAAAUAGUGAUAAAUAUGAUAAGAAACGGGCGAAAAAGAGCAACAGACGGGAUAGAUCAAGUUCUUCAUCAUCCGGUUCAACUUCUCCAAUUCGACGCGAAAAACGCGAAAAAUCCAGGAAAUAAAUGCAUUUUUAUUUAUUUUUAUAUUUUUAUUCAAAUUUAAUUUAUUAUUUUAUUCGAAAAAUCGAUAUUUUUUCUGAAAAAAUCGAUAUUUUUCUGAAAAAUCGAUAAUUUUCUGAAAAAAAAAAUCGAUAUUUUUUCUGAAAAAUCGAUAAUUUUCUAAAAAAAAUCGAAAUUUUUCUGAAAAAUCGAUAAUUUUCUGAAAAAAUCGAUAAUUUUCCAAAAAAAAAAUCGAUAUUUUUUUUGAAAAAUCGAUAUUUUUCCAAAAAAAUCGAUAUUUUUCUGAAAAAAUCGAUAAUUUUCUGAAAAAAAUUGAUAAUUUUCUGAAAAAAAUCGAUAUUUUCUGAAAAAAUCGAUAAUUUUUCUGAAAAAAUCGAUAAUUUUCUCUAAAAAUCGAUAUUUUUCUGAAAAAAUCGAUAAUUUCUGUGGUUUUCAAUCAAUACUUGUUUCAAUUGUGCUUCUUUUUUUUGUAAUUCAAAAUUAAAUUUU